GACCUCUGAAAUAGAGCAUUUCCUUCAGUUUGUUUUGCUUCAGUAAUUUACGACAAACCUUUGAACAGUGAGAAUCUUGAUCAUUUCUGGACACGUGUUUCUAUAAAAGGCUUUUCCCUGACGGGCACAAAGGCUAUCACAAUCAGCCGUCCUGAAUCAUCUGGACAAAAUAUGAAAUUUGUUGGUGUAGGUGUUUCUUUCUUCAUUCUCUUCUCCCUCAGUGCCCUUUGGAAUACAGGGGCUCAAGACUCUUGCUCACAUCAAUGUGGAGAGCUUCUUGGUACCUGUUCUUGCCAGGUGACGUGCCAGUCCUUGGGGAUUUGCUGUCCUGAUUAUAAUGAAUUUUGUCUUCAAAUUUCUCCGUACUCAGGAUCUCUGAUGGGAGGCAAAGACAUUUUGAUUGAAAAUACAGCUUUUAAUACCUCUGUGAUAACGUGCAGGUUCAAGAAGAAAAUCAAAACCAGUGGCUAUGUUGGUAAGGAUGGAAAAGCCCACUGUAUCUCCCCAUUGCUAUAUGAAACUGGUUUCAUCCCCUUUGAAGUUUCUACAGAUGACGGGCUGACAUUUCCGUACUCUGGAACUUGGUUAUCAGUACAUCACAGCAAAGUUCCAGAUGGAGAAAAAUGCAUGUUGGUAAAUGAGACAAAAUGGCAAUACUAUGGCACCCCCAACAUUGAUGGAAACUUAACUCUCACCUGGACACACAAGGCACUAACGGCAACCCAUAUCAACAUAGAAGUCUGGGGUUACCAGGAAACAGGUGACAGUUACUCAGAAAAAUGGUUUGCCAAGUGGGAAUAUCUUUAUACUUUGGCAAGAGAAACCCCUAAUACUGGGACAUUUUCUUUCAUUCCUGUACCUGCUAAAGCAAAUUACAGUACUUGGGACUUCGGAAUUUUGAGAAUUACACCCAGCACCUAUUCUGAUGGGCAGAGGCAAGUACAUCAUGUCUGGAGCUCAGCGCAUGCAUUGGCUUGGCACCUUGGGGAAGACUUCAGAAAUGACCCAAUUGCAUGGGCAACUGCAAAAUGUAUAGAAUGGGACAGGAAAGAGGAGAAGCUUCCAAAUUUCUUGAAAGAAAUUAUAGAUUGCCCUUGCACCUUGUCACAGGCAAGAGCUGACACUGGAAGGUUCCAUACAGAUUAUGGCUGUGACAUUGAAAAAGGGAGCGUGUGUACUUAUCACCCUGGUGCUGUGCAUUGUGUAAGAGCUAUUCAAGCCAGUCCUGUGUAUGCAGCAGGCCAGCAGUGUUGCUAUGACUCCACAGGGGCCCAAAUCCUCACACAAGACUCCACAGGAGGCAGUACACCUGAUCGAGGCCAUGACUGGGGUUCACCACCUUUCAUGAAGCCUCCCCGGAUACCUGGCUUUUCCCAUUGGCUUUAUGAUGUCAUCAGCUUCUACUACUGCUGUCUGUGGUCUGAUAAUUGUCACUUCUAUAUGAAAAACCGUCCCUCCAGUGACUGCAGGACAUAUCGCCCACCUCGAGCUGCAUCUGCCUUUGGGGAUCCCCACUUCCUCACAUUUGAUGGUCUGAACUUCACUUUUAAAGGACAAGGGGAAUACACGUUGGUGGAGUCUGAUCUCACAUCCCUAAGGGUGCAAGGAAGGACCCAGCAGGCACACUUUCCCAAUGGAACGGAUGCUCAGGUGACAGGCUUGUCUGCAGUGGCCAUGCAAGAAAACAACUCUGAUGUGAUUGAAGUACGCUACUCAGAGGAUUUGAAUCUGGAGGUCCUGUUGAACCAAAAGGUGGUCAACUUCUCUGAGCAAAGUUGGAUGGACCUGAAAGGUCUCUUUCUCCAUUCUACAGCUGAUCAGAAGAUUACAGUGAUGUUCUCUUCUGGGUCUGGAGUAGAGAUAAGGGGAAGUGGAGGAUUCUUGACCCUGACAGUUUUGCUCCCAGAUAAGUUUAUGAAUCACACACAGGGUCUCUUUGGAGUGAUGAAUGGUAAUACAGAAGAUGAGUACACCUUUAAGAAUAAAACAACCGUAUCAGUUCAUGCAAGUCCUCAGCAGUUGUUUGAGUUUGGAGCUAACUGGGCUGUUGAAAAUGGAACUUCCCUCUUUACUUAUGACACAGAGUUCCUAUUGAACAAUUUAUUUUAUGGGGAAAAGCACAAUACUUCCUUUCUGCCAGUGUUCUUUCCUUAUGAGGACCCUGCUGAUCCCUUGGUGAAAGAGAUGGCCUUGGUCUGUGACUCUGACCCAUUCUGCAGAUUUGAUGUCCUGACAACAAGAAGUCUUCAAGUGGGAAAUUUCACAAGAUUAUCUCAUCAGAAUCACAAGCAGUUAGUAGAAAAUCUAAAGCCAGUGAUUUCUUGUGGCUGGCUGGAUCAUCCAACCAAUGGAAGAAAAGAUGGAACAAACUACCUGCUGGGCUCAACCAUUCGUUUCAUCUGCAAUCAGGGCUAUGAACUCAUUGGAUCAAAAGAAAUAAUCUGUCAAGUGACAGGAGUCUGGUCUGGAGACAUACCUAAUUGUAUCCUGAGAACAGAUAUCAAACAAGUAAUUCUUCUUGGUUGUAUAUUUGGAAUUGUCAGUCUUGCAGUCCUGGCACGUCUAACUUUCCUGUGUAGAAAGGAGAGACACAAAGACAAACAGAAGCUUGUUUCAGAGGUUCCAGUAACAUCUCAACAAGAAAGAAUGAAAUUUCAGAGAAGUUUUUAAUGAAAUAUGGAGAAAGCAUAGCAGAG